AUGACAUUUUCGAUUGUAAUAUGUGCAAUAAAAAUGAUCGCCAAUGCAGUAAAUGAAGGAAAGCUAGUUCCGGAAGAUAUCAUAUUCGGUUUGCUGUCAAAAAGGCUAGAGGAAGGAUAUGACAGAGGUGAAACUGGAUUUAUUCUCGAUGGAAUCCCAAGAACCCAAGUCCAAGCAGAAAUCCUCAACCAGAUUGCAGAUAUUGACUUGGUAGUAAAUUUCAAGUGUGUUGAGGACUCUUUGGUUAAGAAAGACUUCGGAAGCCAAAUCUGUUCGCACUGUGGUAAAUCUUUUGAUGCAAGCAAUUCAGAAUCUACUAGCAUCAAUCCUUGUUUGGCGACAAGGUCUCGCCAUUCUCCACUGAAAUCUUCUGCUGCUAUAGACAAAGAGGGAAGUCAUAUGGGGAAAUUCCAUGCAUAUGCUGAGCAGAGCAAGUUGUUAGAGGAAUAUUAUAGGAAGCAGAAGAAACUUCUUGACUUCCCGGUGUCUGGUGGUCCCGGAGAUACCUGGUGUGGACUCUUAGCUGCAUUGCAUCUCCAGCACUUAGCUGCAUUGCAUCUCCAGCACGUCGAUGCUGUCAGUAUAUCGCGGAAAUUGAGUAUCUGAUCUAGGUUCAGAAGGAAAAUUCCUGCACUCGCCUAUUGAUAGUCUUGGUUCAGAAGAGUUUGAAUUUUUUUCCUUCUUUAUUAUAUAGUAGUAUAAAGUAAGCGAUUUUGAGUAUGCAAGUCUGUAACAUAGUUGAGAGGCAGAAAGAUGACUGUAUUUGUUUCGGCUUUGAAGUUCAUGCAAGGCCAGCGAGCCUUGAGAUCUCGUAUAUUUCUCAAUUUCCUGAAACCUUGUACCACAUAUAAUCAUUCUAGCGGUCAAGCUAGGUAAAUUUUUUCUGUAUGUUUCUUUAAA